AUGGUCAGUUUCAAGGAGAAGUUCGCCUAUCCCGGCCCUUACCGUCCAAUCUACAGAAAAUGGGUCAAGACAGCUCGCAAAGCUAUCUGGUGGCUGAUGCUCUGGGAGCUCUUCGGCACUGUCGCAUCCCUCGUCAUUUUCGGCAUCUCGCAACCGAAUCUGUAUCGCACCGACAUGUGGAGGAUCGGCUGGGAUAACAGGCUCAAUUCAAACCCCAACAUUGUCCUGUACGCAUAUGCGAAUUACGAAUCGCUCCCUAAGAUAGCGUUAGUCUGGACGCGAACAUUCACCGAUUACAAUGUUGCCAUCUCAGUCCUCUCACUUUUCAUGCUCCUGGCCAAACUCACGGCCUGGAUCAUGAGGGUCUGGUUCCCAGUUCUCGCCUGCUUCAUCAACAUGUCCAUGGCGACCCUCUACCUGGUCAGCUUGUACGGCAAUAUCGGCCCCGACUUCACCGACUCCCGAUAUCCCGCGCCAGUCGCUUGGUACCUCCGUUACGGGUGUGAGAUGGCAAGGCCGUAUAAGGCCUACAAAUCGUGCCAGAUCGCCCAAGCCGCAGUCUUCAUCUCGGCAUACAUGUCAACCAUCUACCUCAUCGGCCUUGGUUUCUCCAUUCACGCCAUGUUGCCCAACAAGUCGAUCGAUUGCCCUCGCAAACCUGAUGACGACGACGACGAUGAUAAUGUCAGCCACCACUCCUCUCCCGAUUGGGAGAUGGGCAACAUGAAGAGCGGUGGUGUUGUGACCUCGACACCCUUCACACCCUUCACACCGAGGACCCAGGCUUUCAAUACGCUUGAUCACAACUCAUCCGUGAAGCCCGAGGCAGGGAGAUACGCCUAA